AUGGAUGAUCUCUACGACGAGUUCGGCAACUUCAUCGGCGAGGAGGCCGCGUCCGAAGAGGCUUCCGAGGCGGGCGUCGAUGCUGGCGACUAUGUCUAUGACGAGGAGCCCGAGCAGGCCGCCGGAGUCGGGGAGGAGCUCAUGGAGAUUGAUGAUGGUCCCUCAAACGCCGUCAUCCUCCACGAGGACAAGCAGUACUACCCGACCGCCGAGCAGGUGUAUGGCGAGGACGUCGACACUCGUGUCGAGGAAGUGGACGCGCAGCCCCUCACCGAACCCAUCAUUGCGCCCGUCGAGGUCAAAAAGUUCAACAUCGAGGAGGCCGACCUGCCACCCGUCUUCUACGACCGCACCUUCAUGACCGAUCUGAUGAACUUUCCCGAGCAAACGCGAAACAUUGUGCUGGCUGGGCACCUGCACCACGGAAAGACGGCAUUUAUGGACAUGCUGGUCAUGGAGACGCACGAUAUUGCGGAUAGGCUAGACAAGAGGUCGGGGCGAAAGCGAGACGAGAACCUGCGAUAUACCGACACGCACCUGCUCGAGCGCGAGCGGGGCAUCUCGAUCAAGGCUGCUCCCAUGAGCCUGGUCUUGCAGAGCACCAAGGGAAAAUCACAUCUCGUCAACAUCAUCGACACGCCCGGUCAUGUCAACUUUGUUGACGAGGUGGCCGCCUCGAUCCGCCUGGCCGACGGCGUGUGCUUGGUCGUUGACGUCGUUGAGGGCGUGCAGGUCAACACAGAGCAGAUCAUAAAGCAUGCCGUCCUCGAGGAUGUCCCUAUCACGCUCAUCAUCAACAAGAUGGAUCGUCUCAUCUUGGAACUGAAGCUCCCACCCAGAGACGCCUACUUCAAGAUCAAGCACGUCGUCGAAGAGGUCAACACCAUCAUCACAAACACAGCCCCCGCCACGGCGACUUCGAAGCGAAUCAGCCCUGAAAAGGGCAACGUCCUCUUCGCAUGCACCGACUUUGGCUGGUGCUUCACCAUCCAGUCCUUUGCUAAGAUGUACGCUGCCCAAUACGGUGGCCUGAACGCGGACGACCUCGCGAAGCGGCUGUGGGGAGACGUCUUCUUCAACCCCAGGAAACGCAACUUCACCCGGAAGCCCGUGGAAGACCGCGCUUCCAGGUCCUUCCUCCACUUUAUCCUGGAGCCCAUCUACAAGCUCUUCACGCACUCCAUCAGCGACAGCCCUUCACAGCUCAAGGUCGUGCUAGAGAAGCUGGGCAUCCAGCUGAAGCCAUCACAGUACAAGGCUGACGCCAAGGUCAUUCUCAAGCUGGUAUGCGAGCAGUUCUUCGGCCCGUCCAACGGCUUCGUCGACAUGAUUGUGCAGCACAUUCCGUCGCCUGUCGAAGGCGCCCAGCGAUACCUGGAGAGAUACUACACGGGCCCGCUCGACUCCAAGAUUGCGGCGUCAAUGGCCAAAUGUGACCAAGACGGGCCUCUGGUUAUACACGUUACGAAGCUGUUCAGCUCAUCCGAUGCCAAGAGCUUCUACUCGUUUGGUCGCGUGCUGAGUGGCACGGUGCGGCCCGGAAUGCCCGUGCGCGUUCUGGGAGAGGGAUACUCGCUCGACGACGAGGAAGACAUGGCCAUGGCGUCGGUGGGCGAGGUUUUCAUUGGCGAAGCGCGGUACAACAUCCCGACAGAUGGCGUGCCGUCGGGCAACCUGGUGCUUCUCAGUGGCGUCGACAACUCGAUUGUCAAGUCCGCCACGAUUGUGGCUCCGAGACUAGAGGACGACGAAGACGCCCACAUCUUCCGUCCCGUCACUCACUUCACCGAAUCCGUCCUCAAGGUUACCGUCGAACCCAUCAACCCGUCAGAACUUCCCAAGAUGUUGGACGGCCUCCGGAAAGUCCAAAAGUCCUACCCUCUCAUCAACACCAAAGUGGAGGAGUCCGGCGAACACAUUGUGCUGGGUACCGGCGAGCUUUACAUGGACUGCGUCCUGCACGACUUGCGACGGCUGUACGCAGACAUGGACAUCAAGGUAUCAGACCCCGUCACGCGGUUCUGCGAGACCGUCGUGGAGACGUCGGCACUCAAGUGCUAUGCUAUUACGCCAAACAAGAAAAACAGAAUCACCAUGGUCGCGGAGCCGUUGGAGAAGGGCAUCUCGACGGACAUUGAGACGGGCAAAGUCAACAUUCGCGACCCUAUCCGCAAGACGGCCAAGUUCUUUGAGGAGACGCACGGCUGGGACAAGCUGGCGGCGCGCAGCAUCUGGGCGUUUGGUCCCGAGGACAAAGGCCCCAACAUCUUGCAAGAUGACACGCUCCCGACCGAGACCGACAAGAAGCUGCUCGGAACUGUACGAGAGUCGAUCCGGCAGGGAUUCAGCUGGGCCACCCGCGAAGGACCCCUGUGUGAAGAACCCAUUCGAAACACCAAGUUCAAGGUCACGGACGUCGUGUUGGCCAACGAGGCCAUCUACCGGGGCGGUGGUCAAGUCAUUCCGACGUCUAGACGUGCCUGCUACUCGUCCUUCCUCAUGGCGGCCCCGCGGCUGAUGGAACCCGUCUAUGCGGUGUCCGUCACCUGCCCGGAGGAUACAAACGCGGAAGUCUACAACGUGCUCUCCCGGCGGCGGGGCCACGUGCUCUCCGACGGCCCUGUGGCCGGCACGCCCCUUUACCGCGUCAACGGCCUGCUGCCGGUGAUUGAUAGCUUCGGGUUUGAAACCGAUCUGCGGAUCAAGACGCAGGGAGGCUCCAUGGUCAGCCUGGUGUUCGACAGCUGGAGCAUCGUGCCUGGCGACCCGCUAGACCGGGAGCAGGUGAUCCGGCCGCUGCAGAAGGCGUCGACGCAGGCGACGGCGAGAGACUUUGUGCUCAAGACGAGGCGGCGCAAGGGCUUGAGCGAGGACGUCAGCGUCAAGACGUUCCUGGAGCCCGAGUUUUACAGCAGCCUCAUGGAGAGCGGCGCGCUGGACAACAUGUAA